AUGUUGCAGAAAGCUUCAAAGCAUGUUCCCCUGAUGGCUAUCCUGAAAAUGAUUCCUUUUUCGUUGGCCAAAUUUCUUAUUAAGACGGGCAUCAUCCAUUGGAUCUCCACAAUAUUUAAGGAUGCAAGCACAAAUGUUAUUCAGGUUGUUAAUAAGCUGACAGAAAACAAAGAUCUAAGAGUUGUCUUCUGCUACAUGUUCACCGGUGUCCCUCCCAAAGAAUCCAGCUUUGUUAUGAAUGCACUGUUGGUACAUCACUAUAAGCGUGGAGCUUGGUAUCCCAAAGGAGGUGCCAGCGAGAUUGCCUUCCAUUGUAUCCCAGUUAUCCAGAGGACAGGUGGGGCUGUUCUUAUGCGCGCCCGUGUGCAGCAGAUUUUAAUUAGCAAAAAUGGAGAGGCCUGUGACAUCCAGUCACAGCUUAGCAUGGUGCGUCAUAGCAUGGGAUCGUUCCUUGUGUUCGUCGGUCUCAAAGGUACAAAAGAAGAGUUAGGGUUGAGAGCAACCAAUUAUUGGAUUUAUCAAAACAACAACAUGGAUGAGCUAAUGUGUCACACCAUGCCUGCAAGCAAGGAGGAGUUUGUCAAAACUAUUCCGAUGUUAUUUGUUACUUUUCCAUCAGCCAAGGAUAUCACCUGGAAGGAACGAUACCCAGGAAAUUCGUGUAUGACAAUUCUGACCAUGGCUCGCUACGAGUGGUUCGAGGAAUGGAAAGAUGAAAAAGUAAAGAGUCGAGGGGCGGACUACGAGACGUGGAAGAUGGACAUUGCCAGGAAACUAUUGGACCGGGCCAUAGAUUUGUUUCCACAGCUGAAGGAUAAGAUUGAAUACAUCAAUGCGGCGACUCCUCUCAGUAAUCAGUACUACCUGGCUGCACCUCGAGGGGAGAUGUACGGUAUCGAGCAGGACCUUCAUCGGUUCACUCCUGAAGUCGUCGCCUCCAUCAGAGCCAAAACGCCCGUGAAGAACCUUUACCUCACUGGUCAAGAUGUCUUUUCCAAUGGGAUAGCAGGAGCUAUGCAUGGAGGACUUCUCUGUGCCUCUGCCAUUCUCAGGCGAAUUGUGUAUGUAGAUCUUAUUUUUCUUAAACGGAGACUUAAGAAGAAACAACUUAAAAAAGUUGUGUGAACCUCUGACAGCAGGUUUAAUCAGUGCUUCAUGGCACUGUGAAUAAAGGAUGCUUGAUUCAAUUCCA